AUGCAAGCAGUUACAGUACUUUUUGGUACCCUGAGUUUCCUGUUCUUGUUAACAUCGACUAUACUCAUGAUUGCAUCAAAUUGCACGGUUCCAACCUCGGACGAGAUAUAUUUCAUGAGGACCACCAUGUCUGCCGCUCUCACUCGUGAAGUACUCAAUUUGAUCCCCCAAAGCGUUGCCGUCUUCGACCGCAUAACCGUCAGGAUUGGUCUGUUGGGAUAUUGUAUCAACGAUACAUGUACACAAUACCACCUAGGGUAUCGGCUUCCGGCUCUUCUAAUGGGCGGGCCUGUAGGGUUCGAUUUCCUGAGCAGAGAGACAACAACAGCGCUGGUCAUCAAUCCGUUAUUUACCGCAUUCAGUUCGGCUUGCGUGGUCGCCUUCUUGCUUUCGAUUUUCCUGAACAAGCCAUCCAUCGUAUUCAUUCUACUCAUCCUGAACACCAUCAUCGCCUUGAUUUGUCUGAUAAUUGAUUUCACUAUAUUCGUCAGAGCUUAUUGGCUCAUACGGAACUCCCAAAGCGGUCUUUUUGGAAUGGUCUCCGUCGAAUACGGAAACGCUCUUUGGCUCAUGCUUUCCGCUGUCAUCCUGACAAUAUUUUCAACACUCUUCUUCGCUUGCACACUUCGCAGAGGCGAUGACUCACGCUCACAUAAAGGCAAAAGAGGCGCCCGAAACGAUGGACCAUGA